GCCACAUGCGUACACGCAAGAGGAGGAAAGAUAAAUCCUGCUUGAGAAGACUUGGCCUAAUAUAUGACCAAAAAAUAACCUAAUAUAUAUUUUACAAUAAUUCGGGAUGACCUGACGUUAGUAACACAAUGGUAACUCCAGCUGUUCGCAUGUUUCGGAGGGUAGAGGGUCUGUUUUGUGUGUACAAACCCUCCGGUGUUCACUGGAAACUCGUUCGGGACAACAUCGAGACAAAUCUUCUUAAAGGUAUAAACGCUGCACCGUCCCAACCUUGUCCUCAAGAGGUCCGUUUCUUGGCACAUCCAGGAAGUGAUACUGAAGCACCCAAGGGACUCACUCUGUCUGUAGCUUCUGUGCCUGUUCUGUCCAAACAUCCUCUGGUAACUGGACCUGAAUUCGACCGUAUUCAAGUGGGAGUAGGUCAUCGCCUGGACGCCUUUUCCUCUGGUGUUCUAGUUCUUGCAGUUGGAAAUGGAAACAAGUACCUGAAUGAUCUCUACAAAACACGAAUCACAAGGGAUUACACAUUGGAAGGGGAGUUCGGGACUGCAACAGAUGAUUUCUCUCACACGGGUCGUGUUGUGGAAAGGUCCACCUAUGAUCACAUCACACAGGAUAAGAUGAACAAAGUGCUGGCCAUGCUGCAGGGAGCCAAUCAAAAGGCCUUGUUAAUGUAUUCCAAUGUUGACAUGCGUUCACAGGAAGCCUAUGAGAUGGCUGUUAAGGGUUUACUGGGUCCGGAGGGGAAAUCGCAGCCUAUUUUGACAGGCCUGCGUUGCAUUCGCUUCCAACCGCCCAACUUCACUUUAGAGGUGCAGUGCCUAAAUGAAACUCAGAAUUUUUUGCGCAAAGUUGUGCACGAGAUAGGACUUGAGCUGCGCAGCAAUGCAGUGUGUAAAGGAGUGAGACGGACCAGAGAUGGACCCUUUACACUGCAGCAUGCCCUGACACAUCACCACUGGACUGUUUCUGAUGUCAUGCAGGCCAUCCAACAAUACCAUUCAUCUAUGAAAAAAAAAAAAUACUCCAAAUCACAGACCAAGACACCAGGAUUACAGCCACUGGAAGAGAAUACGCCAGCCCAUCAACAAAAUGAAACCAAUGAUGGAGCAGUGGGAGCAGGUGGAAUUAAAUGACUUGCUGCUGUCAUCAGCAGUUGAUACGAGCCACUCUGGUCGAUGAUCACAAAAAUGAUGCAAAAAAAGAUUGAGGCUGGAUACUGCAUCACUUUGAUUUUAGCUCAGCUGGACAAAGUGAUUUCAAAGACCAGAGACCCAAUUUCUGAAAGAGAACGUUAGUAUCAGAUUGGACACAAUUCAUUACAUUAUGCAUUUGUUUAAUAAGCAGACUUCUCUCCAUCUACAGAUACAAUUUCUGUUUAUCAUGGAAAUGUUCCAGUGCUUUCACCAUUGUUGUAUGUUGUGCAGGUAAUUUUAACAUAUUUACCAAAUCUUUAUAUGAAAGUGGUUUAUUUUUAUCUUGAAAUAAACUGAAAAAGAAUUUGACCGAAAUCUUUAACAUUUCUUUUGAUUCUGGUACUAUUUGAUCACUUCAGCUUGACUCAGCGUGUACAAACAGGAUGUGUACAUAUGUACAAAGUGGUUGGUCUGUAGAGGAGAUGAUUCACCUGCUUUAUCAGCACAAAUACUCCCCCAAGUGGCUAAAGGUCAAAGUUACUUUCAUUUCAAUGACUUGUCUGUUAUAGUUUUAAACCAGUCAUCUCCAGGACAGCGGUAACGUUUAGAUGAACUGAACUGAUCCCAUUCACAUGUAUAAUAAGAACCAUCUGAUCCCUGUUGUGACUGAGUCUCUGUUGUCAUGAAAAAGCAAAGAAAAUCUACACACAGCUGUCAGCAAGCUCUCCCGCUGAUUUAAGUCUCCAGGUUACAGCAGCAAUGAAUGGGAAUGAAGAA